AUGAAACAAAUUUGGAGCACUAUAUUUUUUAUAUUCUUCUUAAACAUUUUUGCACUCGAAUAUAAUGUUGUAAAUAACGAAAUAAUUAAUCUUAGAAAUUCUGGUGCUAGGAAUAAUGUAACAUCUGAUAACAAAUCUGCAAGUUCAAGUUCAAUUGCAAGCGCAAGUGCAAACGAUGAAAAUCAGAUACAAAAAUUAGCUGAGGAAGCGGAACUACUGUCGAUGGAAACAAAAAUGUUAGUGGAGUUGGCAUCCCAGGCAGUAGAACAGGUAAAGAGAUAUUUUAUUAAAAAUACGCAAAUAAUAGAUGCAGACUUAUCAGAAAUGGAAUCUGGUUUCGCAAAAGAAGACACAAUAAGAGCAAGUAAAGACGCAGCAGCAGCAGCAGAAAGAGCAAGGGUAGCAACAACAGUAGCAGAAGCAAUGGAAGCAAAGGAAGAUGCUGAAAGAGCAAAAUAUUUAGCAGAAAGAUCCGCAGGAAUAGCAAAAGAGGAAGCAAAAACAGCACUAACAUUAUCAGGAAAAACAAAUGAAGUGUCAGAAUUAGAAAAAAUAAAAAUACCAAUUCCAGAUAAUGAGAAACCUAAAACAGCAGUGGUAAAAAGACCGAUAAUUCCAAAACAACCAUCAUCUAUAACAAAACAAGUAGAAGUGAAAGAGUCACCAGCACCUCCUCAAAAAUCGGCUGUAACAACACAAGAUAAUGUAAAAACAAAAGUUACUCCCGCUGCCUCUGAACCUGCUAAAGCAAAUAAACCAACAGAAAACAAAAGUGCGACAGACGUAAAAAACCAGGAUUCAAAAAAUAAAACAGAAUUACUCCAUGAAGAAAAAAACAUAACAAGUGAUCUAUAUAACACAAAAAGUAAUCAAGAAAAGAAAGAUGAACCUGUAUCUCAAAGCGAAUCAACACAAGGAAAUAUUUUUUAUAGGGUGGGGAAAGGUAUAUUAAAUAAAAUUAAGGCGUUUUUUAGUUUUUUCAAAUAUUUAUUAUUUUAG